UCUUUUCCCAGUUUUAUCACUAAGUGGCAAAUUUCGUGUGACUAAUGGAGAUGAGUUCUCUGAUGCUCUUUUAAAUGUCACAUCACACCAGUUCCUAAUUAAGACAGAAACCUACCAAACUAUGGUAGAAAAUGUCUUCUUAUCUAGUUCCUUAGAGCCAGCAUUUAUUGCAGCUCGCAUAUAUGCUUUUAGGCCAGGUAUGCUGGUUUUCUUCAGAGUAUAUUUAGACAGAAGGAAACUAAAACAAGAUGAUGCAAACACUAUUGAAAUUGUUAAGGAUCUUAUAAGAACGGAUUCUCCUGCAUUUGGAGCUCUCACGGUAGAUCAAGAAUCAGUAGAAGUUGAUGAAAAUGAAGAAUGGCUUGCUGUGCCAGGUCUGGAUUUACGUAUUCCAAAAAUGUCUACACCAGCAUCUCAGCCCAUUACUCCUCACCCUGAUUCCAAACCUAGUUCUUCCACGAGAGCCACAGAAUAUCCAAGGAGACCAGUUCUUGCUACUAGGAAACCUAAGAAACCCCCCACUUCAACUCCAUCUCCUGCUUUGACACCUUCAUCCAUUGAUCCAGUGCCUGUCAAAGAGAUAUCUGGCACAGGUACUGGACAUGUAGUUGCUGUUGGAUCUGUUAAUCCUGAAGAAGACUCUCAUUUCAGUUAUGGCCAAUGGCGACCUGUACCUAUUGAAGAUUCGGUUUCUCCAUCCUUUGGUGAUCAACGGACACCUCCAGGAAGAGGAUCUGUCAGGUUGCUUGAUGAAUCAAGUCCUUCUCAAGCCCAAAGACCUUUCAGGCCAUCUUCUGGAUCUAGUCCUUUGCAUGUUGGUGUAGGUUCUGUCAAAGUUUUAGAAGACCCUUUAUCCCAUGUUGAUCCUGCUCCUAUUCCAGUACGAAACAGCAGACCACUUCGACCAAUCAUUUCAGAUGCUCAGCGAGGAGAAGUUGCCUCAUCAAUUAUGUCUUCAGUGUCGCUAGUAGUUAGACAGCCUAAUAAAAAGAAUCAAACUUCCACUUUGCCAGAAAGUGGGCGAUUAGAGAUGGCCAGGCCAAUACAGAACAGAACUAAAUAUUCAGAUACUGUACGAUCUUCAGUUAAUGAUGAUUCAGCAUUUGUUAAUAGGAAUGAUCAUGCAUCUUACAGAUUUCUGGAAAAGAUAGAAUCUGCAGUUACAGAAACUACAUAUUCUACCGAUAGCUCUGAUUGGCUGGAUGUAUCCUCUACAUUCAAUGGUGAUAUUAUUGGACUUGUUGAAGAAAAAAACAUUCAAGAUACCAAUCUAGUACCAUCAAAUUUGCAGGAUACAGAAUUACAUCAAGAAAUACACAAAUCCACAACUGUAAAUAUUAAAAGUGAAAAAAAUUCUGAAUCUCAAAUUCCAAUAGAAAAUACCCAUACAGAAACUACUCAAGGUCUUCUGAUUACUCAAGAGUUAAAAGCGAAUUUACCUAAUAAAGAAUUAUUUGGUCUUUUUCCUGAAUCAACAUCAUCUGAAGCAAACCCAGAUGAUGAUUCAUUUCCUAAAACAAACACUAGUGACACUAACUCCAGUUUCACAACAUACAAUGAUGUAUCAUCAACAGUUGAUUAUUCAAGUGAUCUAGCUGAAUUAGAUUUAAGCACUAAUAUAAUGAAUGAUAAAGAUGAACAAGAGAUAAACAUUCAAAGCCUAAAAAGUGACGUUGGUGUGAACAAAACAUAUCUUCUGAAAUACACAACAAUAAAUAGCUACACUGCACCAACUGAAAAUGUUGAGUUAAUAGAUGUACUACUACUUGAUGACCUAGAUUUCAGAAAUGAAAGCAUAUCAAAUACAGCAGUCAAAGACAACUUAAAGCCAUUUUUUAAUUCAACUGAAGAAUCGGAAGAUAUUUCAAUGGUAACGUCUACCAUUUCACACAUAACUAAUAAAUCUGGAAAUGUUGCUAAUGAGGCAAAUGAAACUGAUUCAAUGAUACCAGUAGACUUGAACAAUUCACAGCAAAUGCAGACUUUAAAUGUUGCUGAAACAAUUACUGAAAAGGAAUAUUCAUAUGAUUCUAAUGAAAAUUUUGCUAUUACUACAGAAGAUAUUUCUCUGUAUAUAAGUGAAUUAAAUAUGACAGAAAAAGCUCCUUCACUUGUUACGCACUCUGCAUCUGAGACAAAACUUCAUACCAUUAAGGACCUUGGUGAAUCUUUAAAUAAUAAUUUUAGCAUUCAUACAUUAGAAGGUCAUGGAUUUCAUAAAGCCCAUUUUUCUCUAACUACAAUGUCACCUGCCAAUAAUGCUGAGAAACAUGAUAUGCCUACUUCUCAGUCUGCUGCUAUUAUUGGCAUAUCUACAGAAGAAUCAACAACUAUUCAUCAUAAUUUUGUGAAAUCAUCUGAUACUCCAGAAGGAGUUAUUAUCAAUAAAGACGAAAUAAAUACAUCAACACCAGGUCUCUCAAGUUUAGACAGUUUUAAAUUAACAUUAAAUUCUGAUUCUAUUGAUUCCAGUGCAGUAUACACAGAUGCUUCAGCUUAUAGUAGUUUUGAAAAUGUUGAAGAUGCAAGUUUGUCAACUAUUAACCACCAAACAGAUGAUGGAAUCACUUUAUUAUCAGCUGUACAGAGUAAUGAAACAAGUGGAAAUAUAUCUACUGAUACUUCUGAAAAUGUGACAUCAGGUGAUUCAUUGAUUACAAAUAGAAAUGAAGAUGGAUUAAAUGUUACAACCGUAAUUCUGUCAGGAGUUCCAAAAAUUGUUCCUCAAUUUUCGGCUCUCCAUUUUAACCCCAAUGACAUAGAAUCAGAUGAUGGAGGCAUAAUCGAAUUAGAUGAUGAUUUAAUGCAUGAGCAGCAAACAACUCAAAGUGAUCAAGAUACCAUCAAAGAUAAAACUGAAAUAAUAAGACAUAUUACCACACUUGCUCCUACAACAGUUAUGCCAGUGAGUCUUGGGAAGUACCCUGUCUUCAUCUCAAAAAGUUGUUCUGAAGAUGAAAUGCUUUGUGACAGUGGAGAAUGUGUGGAAUCCAGCAGUCGUUGCAACAUGAGAAGAGACUGUAGAGAUAAUUCAGAUGAAAAGAAUUGUACAUGUACUGAUCUAUUGAAAGUACUUGGUCAGUCUCAGAAGAUAUGCGAUGGUGUAGAGGACUGUCAAGAUCGCAGCGAUGAACAAAAUUGUCCGUGGUGUAAAGCAGGUCAAUACAUCUGUCCUCAAACUAAGUUCUGUAUCAAUCGGACCCAGGUUUGUGAUGGACAUGAUGAUUGCCCAUUGGGAAAUGAUGAAAAAUAUUGUGUGAGGCUUGCUGAGUCUGUGCCUGAUGCUGAAAGCUUACAUUACAGAUCUAGCGGCUACUUGAUGGUUCGCAAAAAAGGACAGUGGGGCAAGCUUUGUCUUGAGAGUGUUCAAGAUUCGCUUGGUCUUCGAAGAAAGUUGGAUGAAUUAGGAAAAGCAGUUUGCGCUACUUUGACUUACAAGGAUAUGUCGGAGUCCAAACGUGUUCAUGACACUACAAUGGGAUCAGAGUUCUAUUAUGAAAUUUCCAGUGAAGCAUCUCGUGAAGUCAGAAAGUCUACUACUAUAUUUCAACAAUCAAUGUGCAAAAGCAAAGAUGUCAUCAAAGUAGAAUGUGGAGAUCUAGAAUGUGGAAUUCGGCCAAUGGUAAUUGCAAAUCGCCGUCGCAUCGUGGGAGGGCAGAGUACAGUUAGUGGAUCAUGGCCAUGGCAGGUUGCCUUGUACAAGGAAGGUGAUUUCCAGUGUGGAGCUGUUCUUAUCUCAGACACGUGGCUCAUUUCUGCUGGACAUUGCUUUUACAGCACCCAGACUGCAUAUUGGACAGCUCGCUUAGGUUUAUUAAGGAGAGGAUCUGAGUUACCAUCGCCAUCUGAGGAAAUCCGUCGAAUUGAGCAAAUAAUUCUUCACCCAGACUAUGAAGACCAAGGCUUUAUUAAUGAUAUAGCUCUAUUGAAGAUGGAUAAGCCAGUUAUGUUCAGUGAUUAUCUCCGUCCUGUUUGCCUGCCUACAGAGAGUGAAGACGCUGGUCUGUGGCAUGGUAAGCAGUGCUCUGUUGUCGGAUGGGGAAAGCUGUAUGAGAUAGGACAUACCUUCCCUGACAGUUUACAAGAAGUACGACUGCCAGUAAUUUCAACAGAAGAAUGCCGAAAAAAAAUUAUUUUUCUCACCAUGUACCAUCUCACCGACAACAUGUUCUGUGCCGGUUAUGAGCGAGGAGGCAGGGAUGCAUGCUUAGGUGAUUCAGGAGGGCCUUUGAUGUGUCAACGCAAUGACGGUCGUUGGCUGCUGUUAGGUGUAACAAGCAAUGGGGACGGUUGUGGUCGUCCGAACAGGCCUGGUGUCUACACAAAAGUCACACAAUAUCUUUCUUGGAUAAGAAGCAUAUUGGAUAAACAACACACAAGCCAAUUUUUUGAAGAUAAAUGUAAUGGAAUUCGCUGUAAACUUGGAAGAUGCAUACCACAGUACAAGAUAUGUGAUGGUCGUUGGGACUGUUCAGAAGGCUCCGAUGAGGAUCAUUGUGAAGAUUAAGAAAUAUGGAACCAACCCUUUUACUUGACUGAUUUUCCAUAUGUGGCUGCCAUAUUUCAAAUGGGUUUAUUGUCAGACUUCUAUUUGGUUUCUGGACAUUCUUGGUGAAUUUGCUUCAACUAUGGAUAUUAAUUUCAUUGUGGGAUGAAAUACUAUUAACCAAUUGCCAAGUGAUUGAAAAUUUUCAGCACUGCCUUUUUAAUUUAUUAACUUAUAUUUUUAGAACUGACAAAACUGAAGUGACUCUUAAAAGAUGAGACACUGAUCAACAUUUAGUUGUGAGCUUAAAAAAAUGACCUCAUCUAUGGAUGUAUCAAUUUCUAGAGAUGAUUUCUGAAUAAUGGAACUAAAGAACACUGCAAAAAUGUAGAUAUGAAAGUUUGCUUCAAAUCAAAUUUUUGAAAUAAGUUUUUUUUCUUUGAUAUUCAUAGAAAACUAAAUAUUCCUUUCAAACGUUUAACAAUUUUGUGUAUGGAUAAGUGGGCCGAAAAGCGAAUGGAGGUAAAUGACUUUUAUUAAUACAUAAAGCAUUUCAGUAAUUUUAAUACAUUUGUUUUUAAUUAAGUUAAAUGUAACUUUAAAUCCAUAUUUUUAUAUGGUGACAGUUGCCAACUAAGCGCAAAAAUGUGUAUGUUAAAUCGUUUCACAUGAAGUAAUGCUUGCUGAUAUACUGUUAUAGGUCAGUACGUUUUGUUUCAUUCAAUGUAAAAUUGGAAAUGUGUACAUUCAAGCAAUUUUGUAAGCAUAAUUUUCAUAUGCGUCAAAAUUUAUUUAUUAUUUUAAUAUUUUAGAUUUACUUGAAAGAAUUUUUAUGCUUACAAUAUUGCUUCGUUUCAUAUUUGUGCGUUAAAUAUUUUUAAUGCUCCUCUGCUUUUAAUAAAAAUUGUACAAAUUAU